AUGGUCCUUCACAAGGGUGCAACUUUCCACUCUCCAAGCAGCCCGGCCUCGCAGUCUUCCACCUUCGGCCCUCCAUCGCUGCCCCGUGCUCAGUCCGACCUCGACGACGUCCUGGACGCCCAUCGCCGCCGUGUCGCCCUGGAACUCGACUCCAUCGACAAGACUCUGGCAUCCAUCCACAUCUCUACCAAGACCACCAAGAACAAGGCCGCCCUGUCGUCCUCUAACGUCGCUCUGAACAGCACUUUCUACAUCCCCAAGGCCGUUCUCGACCACGCACUCUCGUCCAAAGCACACUCUGUCGACCAGCGUUGGGUUCUGCAACCCCGCUCCGUCAACCGUCGCCCCUCCAAUCAUCACCACGGCUCCGACAGCGGGCUCGGCUCUUCCGUUGCCUCAACCAGCAACAAAACCGCCGGAAAGUCUGCCAAGCGGACGUCGUCUGUCCAGGCCGCCGCCGUCACUCGCUCUGUCGCUUCUGUCUCGUCCACCACCGAGUUUCAGACAAGUCUGAGUCCUCGUGCCACCAACCGCAUUUACGAGCACACCGUGAAGCCACUUCUGGCCAAGCCGGCCUAUAAAGUCUUCCACCCACUCCUCCUUGAGUGCACCACCAAGAUCAACAAGAGGGACAUCGUCUGCCUUCGGGACGUUGAGAAGACCGUUCUGCUUCUUGCACCGGCGACUGUCGAGUACCUGAGUGACCGCGAGCAAACUCGUCCGUCUGACCCGCCCUACACUUCCGGCUACUUUAUCGACCUCGUCGACCAGAUUCGCCAUUACGCCCGACAACUCGCUGACGCAAAGGAAAAGGAGGCAUCUGGAACAGCAGACUCCAUGGAGCUCAAUAGUUCUGACCCGAUCAAACUCCACGGCGGCUUCGCCGUGAACGGCCGUCCAAUGGAGCUGGUCCGCAUAAGCCGGGACGGCCGUGCCGUCUCCAUCGCGACCGGUCUUCCUGUCGAGCUUGAGGAGGACAUCAAGGACAACAUCCGCAUCAAGCGGUCUGCCAGCCAGGAACUCGAAGACGAGGAGGAGAUCAUGCGUUCCAUGGCACGCCGGAAGAAGAACGCCCCCCCGGAGGAAUACGCCCCGAAGACGUGCAGCGUCGACGGCUGCAAGAAAAUGUUCAAGCGCCCGUGCGACUUGACUAAGCACGAGAAGACGCACUCGCGUCCGUGGAAGUGCCCCAUCCCUUCUUGCAAGUACCACGACUACGGCUGGCCGACGGAGAAGGAAAAGGACCGUCAUCUGAACGACAAGCACUCGGACAACCCACCAAUGUACGAGUGCCUGUUCAAGCCUUGCACGUACAAGUCCAAACGUGACUCCAACCGCAAGCAACACAUGGAGAAGACGCACGGCUGGACAUAUGUCCGCACCAAGACAAACGGCUCGGGCAUGAGCGUCAGCGGCAAGCCCGGGAAGACAGGCCUAAUCACCGAUGAGGAGGGCCGUGCCAGCCACGAUUCCGACAGCAUGGCAAAUACAACGCCGCCCCUGGUCAAUAUGCCCACGCCUGUCAGCGCACAGAGCCCGGCUGUGGCCACGCCGCCCUUGGACGAGUUUGCUGCUCCUCUGUAUUCCCACAAUAUGGCCAGCUAUGAGUUUCCCACCUGCACACUGAGCGAUGUGCUCGCCACAGAAAUGGACCUGCCUGCUGAGAUUGACGAUCUCGACUUCUCUCCCAUCGACAACAACUCGCCUUCCACCAUCUCUAGCCUCGACAACAACUCUGCGUACCAGGACCUCGGACAGGAUGCAAUGAUGUUUGACGACAUCUACAGCGCCACAGUACAGCUCCCCACCCCGGAGCUAAACCUCUACAGCAACGAUAAGAACAUGCUCGACCGGUUUAUGGCACUGUCGGGCCCCGAUCUGUGUGCCCCGUUGGUCACGCCGGAGCAGCAGCAGCAGCUUAUGCAUCUGCAGCAUAUGCACCAGCAGAGACAGCAGUUUGAGCAACAGUUGCAGAAGGAGCAGUAUCUGCCACACAUCUCGCCACUUGGUGAGGGCAACACUAUGCUCUACACGCCAGACUCGCAGAUCGAAUACGAUGAGGGCUUUGUCGACUUCCCAAAUGAUCAGAUGACCAAGGGCGACUUCAUCCUAUUUCCGCCUGCGGCUUUGAACAUGCGGCCGACGACGACGGCGAGCAACAACCUGUUUGACGACCUGACUCCAAGUCUAGCAGCCGGUUAUUCGCAGCCGAAUUCCCAGAUCUUUAUGGACUGGUAA